AUGCUGGGCGGGGCGGCGGGGGGCGCCCGCUCCCGCCCGCCCUCUGAUCUGCAGCAAGGUGUGGCUCGAUUCCCGCUGUACUCCUUGUUUCCGACACAGUCCGGCAACAGGCCGACCUUCCACAAAGUGACCGAGAGUCUGUUUUCAACGUCGCUGUCGACAUUCGGCGUGCCAACUCCACCGCCCAACUCGCCGUACUCACCGCUGCAUUUGGAGUUGCUCAAUUGCUCACAGCGGGUUCUUGUCACCGACAAGGAUCACAAUAAAAUGGAAGAACCUAAAUUGGGAAAAGCGUGUCUUCCUGAUACUUUAUGUUGUCCUGGUGACCAGAGGCAAAUGAUAGACGGAAUCAACGUCAUGCAACCACUCACUAUAAAGACUGAACAGGCAAAGCGUUCAUGCAACACUUGCCUCUCAAACUCACCCAAAAAGAUAAUGCACACAGACGGAGGCUGCAGUCGAACGAACCCAGUGACGUGGUUGGGGGUCGCUGGACAAAACGUACAGGUCCAGGUCAAGCGUGAACCCCAACACGUUCAAGUUUCGGAGCUUGUGGCCGUCAAGUUGGAACAGGCGUCCCCUGGUAACAAGCCCGACCACCCGCCACCGGCGAUACCGGCCUCUCUCAACAACGGUUCUAUUCCUGUCGGGAUUGCGGUCGCACGACAACGGGUAGGCGAUGCAGGCCUGCUUGCAGCGCUCUCACAAAAAGACACACAACAGCGAAUGCACGAUAUCGACGCGGCGCAGGCGGCCAUGACGGUCGGCGUGGCGAACGUACUCUGCGACGAGCGGCCCGCCCCGCUGGCGUGGCCCGCGCCGCCCGCCGCGCCGCCCCCCGCACCGCUCUGGCCCUACCCCGCGCCAGUCUCAAUGGAGAGUAUGAUGGUCGGCGGUGUAGGCGUCGGGGGAGUAGGCACUGUAGGAGGUGGAGUGUCAUCAGUUGGUGGGUUUCAGCUGGUUCGAGAACCCACUUCAGGAGCGCUGCUUCUGUUGCCUGCUCCACCAGAACUGCAGCCUGCUGUCGUCUGGGGCGGAGUUCCAUAUUCGUCAGCGCCUUUACUGUUACCCCCGGCGCCGCAUCAUUCACAUCAUCUCCAACUACUAUCCGGCGACCUUCUUGCCUCAACUGCGACGUUGCAACAUACCCACACGCAUUCUACGCGCCUAGUAACACUUGCGCCAGCACCUGCGCCACAACCCCAUCCUGCACAUACGGCAGACAAAAGAAAACCAAUCAUGCACCCUCUAAUCACCCCUCAUUUAAUCAAAAUUGAACCAGAACCGCCGCAAGAAAAACCACAACACUCAUACGUACCCGAACCAGUGCCGCAACCGAUGCUUGCGACGCACCUUUAUUACCAACCUGAUUUCGCGGAACAGCAACAAGUGUGCAGGAGUCAAGCCACGUCGCCCGCCACACCGCCCACACCACCUCCUGAAGCGCCAGAGGCUCCUGCACAUAAAGACGCAUCUAACCAAACAGAUCAUAUAGAUGACGAGGACGAGUCGCCGAACCAUGCUGAUGAAGAUGAAAGAGAUGUAGCCUGUAUUGGAGUUGCGCAUUACCCUGAAGAAAAUAUGAUGUCCAUGCAAACUCAGACACAGUUAUUACAGCCUCCUUCUAUAGAUUCAACUGAAGAUUCUUCAUCAGAGUGUCUCGCAAAUUCGGUAGUAGGUGCAGUGGAAAAAGCUAUCGAUACGAUGGAAAGAGAUGAUUCAUUAGGGGAUACUUCUAGUAGCGUGGGAUCCAACGAUCUAAUGAUAGACACGGCGCGAUCGACACCAAUAACUCACACUACAACACCACAGCCUAGGCUGCCCGUAGAUGUCAGUGGUUUAGAACUACUGUCAAAUAGUAUUGAACAGUUUGAGCGCACUACACCUGGAACAAGUAUGCCAGCAAUAGAUCCCACACCACUGACAAUCGACACGAGGACACCCACAAAACUGAAUAUUUUGAUAAAAACCUCACCCAAAUCUCCUCCAAGAACAGAGGCAGAACCUCAUAGAAGAUUUGAAUUUCCGCCUAUGGAUCCGAAUAAUGGCGAACAAACAAAACCUUCACUUGAUGGUCUUGGUUUGUUGUGUGCUUUAGCCGAACAAAGGUUUAUGGAGGAGGUAGAGGAAAGUCCUCCGACUGCUACGUCUGUAUCAACCCGUCCUUUGAUUAAAACCGAGCCCUUACUUAGUCCAACCGAAAGAAGUCGAUCAGUGGAAUCAUCAAUUAAUAAAAAAGACAGACACAGAAACAGAGAUGGCGACUCAUCCGGUGAGAGGAGGCGUAAACGUAGUCGGGAUAGAGAAGAACGGUUAAGGCAUAAAAUUGAAAAGAUGCGCCGACAUAAACGCGAAAGAGAAAGAGAUGAAAGCAGAAGUAGUGGUGGAGAAUUAGAGACAAGCUUAAGACGCGUAACAGCUUGUCCAUGUAAUUCCAUAACGUGCACACAUACUCCUAACGUACGGUCGGCCCACGCCCUCGCUAGUGCAAUAGAAAAAGACAUGCGCGAGAGAUUGUUAGAUUUGGAAAGACAGUUUGAUGAGAAAAAAGCACAACUGAAAGCGUUGAAUCCACCGUUACAAACUCUAUCAUCUUCUACUACGCCAUCUACACCUGCGUUAUCACCAGAUUCUGAUAGGGGAUCUUCUAAAAAACGAAAAGUCGGAAGACCGCGCAAGGUAUCUAGUCCUGAUUCUACAGAGACAAUAGUAGCGAAGAAACCAAAAUCUAAGAGCAGCCUUGUUGGCUAUCUACUAGCGAAACAAAAGUUAAGUAAAAGUGGUGGUAUUCUAUGCUCACGAGGAGAACCUUCGAGGGAAGAGCCCAACAGGACAAGCAAAGUGCGUCCUAAGUUGAAAGCUGAACCCAUUAUGAAGGUUUGUUCGGAAGAAGAUGAAAAUGGCGAAUGGGGCCUCAACCGAUCAGCGAGCUCUUCCAUGGAGAGUCUUAACGAAGUUAGACAGAAAAACAGAGAGAAAGUGGACCGACUAGCGAGAAAACAUUCAAGAGAUGAUAUUCCUGAACUUGAAUUUGCGUUACGGCGCGCUAGUGUUUCCAGUGAUAGUGAAAAGGAGAGGAGGCGGGCGAAAAAGAGACGAAAGAGUCAUAGAUCGAAAGACAAAACUGAUGAGGAGGUUAAAGACAAACCAACAGAAGUAGUCCCACAACCCAUAUCGAGGUGUACAUUGACAGAAGAUAAGCUGGACUCUUCGCCUAGAGUACUUACAGCCAGGGGAGGUCUCUUCUAUGCAGGCAAAGUGAGUGCGGUGCAGGCACCCGAUGUCUAUGCUAUCACACUUGAUGGCGAAAGGGGCAACAAGCCUCAUAUAUUAUCUAGAGAAGAAACCUUGAGAGAUGCUAUUUUGGAAGUUAGCCCUACGUCAGUAGCAGAAUUACCUUCUGGAACCAGGGUGUGUGCGUAUUGGUCACAGCAAUACAGGUGUCUUUAUCCUGGCACCGUAGCGGUUUCAUCCCCAGAUCCUCACGAUGAUAAAUUCGUCGCCGUGGAAUUCGAUGAUGGCGACUCCGGGAGAAUAGCCAUCGAGGAUAUUAAGUUUCUGGAACCCAAUUAUCCUGUUGUUGAAUACGAAAAUCCGUUAUUCACACUUGGCAAAAGAAGAAGAAAUACCAGUGUAAGCGCAGAAGAGAAGAAAAAUCCUAAUCCAGUUCCAACAACAAGUACAACAGAUCCUAAACCGUCUACAUCAGAUAUACCAGUAACGACACUUAAAGAGGAUGAAGAUAGAAAAGACAGAAAAAAAUUGAAAAAACACCGUAAAGACAAAAUAAAACGCCAGUCCAGCGAAGAUGAUCCCAACUCUGUAGAAUAUGUGAAGAAGAAAAAGAAAAAACAUAAAUGUUGCGAGGAACAUUGUAAACACAGGAGACAUCACAAGAAACACCAUCGGAAACAUAGAAAAAGGCAUCAUUCAAGCUGCAAAGAACAUUCUAGUUCUUCCGGAGAUGACCACCAAAGACAUAAAUCUUCAUCGGACUAUAUAGACUCUAAUAAGUCCAAUGAAGAUUCCGUGGAUUCCAAUGAUAGGUUAUCUACUCUAAUCGCUAUGGAGAAGUCUCCAGAUGACAAAAUGAAGACUGUUAUAAAGAAGGCGGUUCUGUCUAAAAAGACAUUGGUCAAGAACGCAGUCUUAGACUUCAGCAAUUUGGGCAAAAUCACUUUGAAAAAGGAGGAAGAACCUAAAGACAAUUUAAAAGACAGCGGUAUUGGCCUCGAGGAAGAGACUGCUGCAAAGAAGAAGGCGAAACGCCGUACAGUAUCGUCGACGUCGUCAGACGGUGGCUGCGGCGUGAGCAAGAUGGCGGCGUUCCUGCCCGGCGGAGCGCUCUGGCACUGGCUCGGCGCCGCCUACAGGCGCACCGCGCGCCCGCGCCACAGGAAGCUGUUCUACAGGGCCAUACAGCGGGGCGAGGAGACCCUAUCGGUUGGUGACGCAGCGGUAUUCCUGUCCACUGGCAGACCUGACCGGCCUUAUAUUGGGCGUAUCAUUGCGCUGUGGGAGGCUCGUGGAGCCAUGGCAGUUAGAGUCAAGUGGUUCUACCAUCCCGAAGAGACCGUGGGAUGUACAGGACAACUACAUUAUCCGGGAGGGUUGUUCGAAUCCCCUCACACUGACGAGAACGACGUGCAGACGAUCUCGCACAAGUGCGAGGUGUUGUCGCUGGCGCAGUACAAGGAGCGCAUGGGCGACGACCCGGCGCGCUACAGCUGCGUGUACGACAACAACGACGUGUACUACCUCGCCGGGAACUACGACCCCACGCAGCAACAGCUCCGCAUGGAGCCCGACAUACCGUUCGCCAACCAAACCACCUCCUAA